AUGAAAGUUGGAACUCGGAAGUUAGAAGUCGGAACUCGGAAGUUUGAAGUCGGAAGUAGGAAGUUAGAACUGCGAAGUAGGAACAAUAGCAACAACAUCACCCCUGAUAUUCUGAUUGGUCCUGUUGGAGAGACAGUGGAAAUGAAAUGUACAGUAUCAAGUGGGUUACCUAAGUGGUAUAGAGUGGUACCUGGUAGCGGUGAUAUACAGUUGUCAGAUGGAACAUUAACACUUAAUCCAUACCAGAUAGUAGGAGACCAAUCUAGUGGUGAAUACUUUCUACAGAUACCAAAUGUUCAACUCGGCAAUUCACACACUUUUCAAUGUGAACUGUUCAAUGCAGAUCCACCAUAUUUGCAGGCAAUAUUGACAGUUAUAGAUGAAGGUGGAGAUCUUGAAAUGAUUUGUCAGAAUGUUGGUGUUCCCACUCCAUUUAAAUAUACCUGGACCUUAGCAAAUAUAUAUGGCAAUACAAUAACGCUAUCAGAAGUGACUGAUACGCCACAACUCAAUAAUAUCCAACCUUCAGAUGCCGGUACUUAUACCUGUAUUGCUACUAUUGAAUACUAUGAUGAUACAGAAGAUACCUCAUCAGAUACUACCAGUAUCAUUGUAAACUAUUCUCCAAGAGUUAAUAAAGAUAUCAAAAGAUCCGGUGCCAGUAAAGGUGCUACUAUUGCAUGCGAAGCUGAUGCGUUGCCAACUGCUAAUAUAACAUGGUAUAAACAUUGUAAUGAAAUCAACAAUGGUGGUAAUAGAAGACGUGUCAUAGAAUUCGUAGAUGACAAUAUAAGGCAGAGUACAUUAUGGAUAUUUAACGUAUUGCCAGAGUCUGAUUAUGGUGUGUAUAUGUGUAAAAGUGUUAACAGAUUAGGAUCCGAUAUUCAUCAUAUUACGCUCAAUGAAACGGUUAUACCAGAGACACCAGUAAAUAUUGAGCUAACUGAUCGAUACUAUGAUCGCUUAACAAUUGAACUGAUACCAAUGUUCCACCAAGGAGUCCCUCUCGGCGAAGUGAAUUACUAUAUAGAAUACCGUUCACCAUUGGAUGCGUCGUUUCUAACAUGGCCAUCCCAUGGAAGGGGGACGACAAACACAAUUGUAAUAGUGUAUAAUCUAGAACCAUCUACUGCCUAUGAAUUUAAAGUGAAGUGA